GUUAUUUUUUAAGCGAAAGACAAAAGAGUAGAUAGAUAGAAAACAUUGCCCCUGACCUACUGUUUUUUACUUCUUUUAAGUACAUGUAGGUAUGUAUGUAUGCAAUAUGCAUGCUUGCCACUCAACACUUCCUGUAAUGGCGGAGGCUUUCCACCUUCCUUUUAGUGUUACCCAUUACUCUUGAGUCUCUGAUCUUUUAUCCCUCUUUCUCUCUAUCUGGCAGCUGGCUGCCUCCUUUUGUACCCCCCUUCCAAGCUUCGUUCAUGUUUCCUUUCCGCUUCAAGUUUUAUAAUGUGUAGCUACUAAUUAAUAACUCUUAAAACAAAAGGGAAAAUAGGGAGAAAACUCGAAUACCAAGGAGUUACAUGUGUACUUCGCAUCGUAACAAUAACAUUUCACUUGCAGAAUCUGGGAGUCUUUAGCUGAUAAUCAGCAUCAGAAGUAAAAAUGGCAAAGGAGUACAGUGGAUCCCCAAAGCUUCAUCAUCUGGAUUCCAAGAGGAAGCGCCUCACUUGGAUCCUAGGGGUUAGUGCGCUCUGCAUUUUGUCCUACAUUUUUGGGGCUUGGCAGAAUACUUCUUCCCCAACAAAUCGAGCCGAGGUCUUUGAUAAAGGCAGUUGUGAUGGUGGGUCGCCUCCAGCAGGCAACAGCCUACCGUCAUCGAUGUCUUCAUCUGCAUUGGACUUUCAAAGUCAUCAUCAAGUUAAGAUCAACAAAUCCGUGGGAGCCCAGAAGUUCCCACCUUGUGAUAUGUCCUUUAGUGAGUACACUCCUUGCCAAGAUCCAGUGAGGGGAAGGAAAUUCGAUCGGAACAUGUUGAAAUACAGAGAGCGGCAUUGCCCCAAAAAGGAAGAACUUCUCCGUUGCCUUGUACCUGCUCCACCAAGAUAUAAGACUCCUUUCAAGUGGCCUCAGAGCCGAGACUAUGCCUGGUAUGACAAUAUACCUCAUAGAGAGCUCAGCAUUGAGAAGGCUAUUCAGAAUUGGAUUCAAGUCGACGGUGACCGUUUCAGAUUUCCCGGAGGAGGUACCAUGUUUCCCCGUGGAGCUGAUGCAUAUAUUGAUGACAUCAACGAGCUCAUUCCUCUCAGAAGUGGAAGUAUCAGAACUGCAAUAGAUACUGGCUGUGGUGUAGCAAGUUGGGGUGCUUACCUGCUGACGAGGGACAUCCUGGCAAUGUCUUUUGCACCAAGGGACACACACGAAGCUCAGGUCCAGUUUGCAUUGGAGCGGGGAGUUCCUGCUAUGAUUGGCAUCAUGGCUUCACAGAGGCUUCCUUACCCAGCGAGGGCAUUUGAUAUGGCUCAUUGUUCCCGUUGCUUGAUUCCCUGGCAGAAAUAUGAUGGUAUGUAUCUAAUUGAGGUGGACAGAGUUCUAAGGCCUGGUGGUUACUGGAUUCUUUCUGGCCCUCCUAUCUACUGGAAGAAACACUGGAGAGGAUGGGAAAGAACUCAAGAAGAUUUGAAACAAGAGCAAGAUUCAAUCGAGGAUGUGGCCAAGCGGCUGUGCUGGAAGAAAGUUAUUGAAAAUCACGAUCUUGCAAUUUGGCAAAAGCCCAUCAACCACAUUGAAUGCAUUAAGAGUAGGAAGGUUUAUAAAACGCCACAUAUUUGCCAGUCAGACAAUCCAGACACCGCUUGGUACAGAAACAUGGAAACUUGCAUAACCCCACUACCAGAGGUAAGCAGCUCAGAUGAAGUUGCUGGUGGAGCAGUGGAGAAGUGGCCGCAGCGUGCAUAUGCCGUCCCUCCUAGAAUUAUUAGUGGUUCAAUACCAGGCAUUACUACUGAGAAAUUUCGCGAGGACAAUGAACUAUGGAAAGACAGGGUGACACAUUACAAUGGGAUCAUUCCCCUAUCUAAGGGACGAUACAGGAACAUAAUGGACAUGAAUGCCUACCUUGGUGGUUUUGCUGCAGCCUUGAUGAAGUACCCCGUGUGGGUUAUGAAUGUGAUUCCUGCCAAUUCGAACCAGGAUACUCUAGGUGUGAUAUAUGAGCGUGGUUUCAUUGGGACAUACCAGGAUUGGUGUGAGGCAUUUUCGACGUAUCCAAGAACAUACGAUCUCAUUCAUGCAGGCGGUUUGUUCAGCAUAUAUCAAGACAGGUGCAACAUUGCCGACAUUCUAAUAGAAAUGGAUAGGAUUCUGAGGCCGGAAGGGACAGUUAUAUUUCGGGAUACAGUAGAGGUUCUCGUGAAGAUUCAGAGUAUAACUGACGGGAUGAGAUGGAAGAGCCGGAUAAUGGACCACGAAAGCGGACCCUUCAAUCCAGAGAAAAUUCUUGUUGCUGUCAAAACCUACUGGACUGGUGAAGCUACUAAAAAACAAAGCUAGUCCCUCCCCUCCCCCCUGCCUCUCUCUCUUUCUUCUGUGUCAUCUUUUCUCCUUUGGGAAUUACUAGGUUUACUUGAAUUUUGCGAGCAUACUGUUCUAUUAAAAGAGAAAGGUUAGUUUUGCUUACCCAUCAUGUAAUUGGAGAUAAGUAUUUCCUUUGUAUUAUUGUCAUCAUAGUAGUCAUCUUCUUCCA